AUUUCACACACGUCAUUGAUCAUUCUUUCGGUCCGGGUUUAGCUUAAGAAAUUCAAUUAACAUGGGAAAAAUGAAUUUUUUUCCUCAAUUAUUCUUAAUUUUAUUAAUUAAAUUAUUAACUUCAAUAAACUCAACACAUGCCAAUGAAGUCUUAGGAUGUGGUGGAUUUAUAAAAAACAAUGAUGCAGACAUUGAUUUCUCCAAAGUUGAAAUUAAAUUACUCACAAAACAAGGCAGCUUAAAAGACAAAACCGACUGUUCCCCAUCGAAUGGUUAUUACUUCAUCCCGGUCUAUGAUAAAGGAGAAUAUAUCCUAAAGAUUUCUCCACCGCCCGGCUGGAGUUUCGAGCCCGAACAAGUCGUGUUGAAUUUCAAUGGAAAAACCGACAUCUGCAGUCAGGGCAAAGAUGUUAAUUUCUCCUUCAAGGGAUUCGGUAUCACAGGAAAGGUUGCAUUGGCGGGAUUCGCUGCUGGGGCUCGAAAUGUUGCCGUUGAACUGAAAUCUAAGGAUGGAUCCGACACCAGACAAACCACAACCGACAUCAAUGGAAUCUUCUCGUUUACUCCCAUUAUUCCCGGGGAAUAUGUUGUGAAGGCAUCGCAUCCCAAAUGGCACUUCGCCAAAUCCGAGCACAAUGUCGUUGUAGUCAGUGGCAACACCGAGCUGCCUGCGAACUCAUUGGUUGUCUCAGGAUUUGAUGUUAUUGGAAAAGUCGAGAGCAAUGGCCAGACUUUCACAGGCAUUGGAGUUGCUUUGUUCAAAGCCAAGGAUAAUUCCCUCGUGUCCAAAUGCCAGAACUCAGCAACACCCAUUCCUCUUGGUAAGUCAUCUUCUCAGUAUGCAGCUUCCUCGAUUUGUUACUCACAAGUUGAGAAAAACGGAGAGUACUUGUUCAAAGGGGUCGCUCCUGGCAAAUAUCUAGUCAAGACUUUUGUCGAAAACAAAAAUCUCAAACUCCACAUCAAUCCCGACCAAUUGGAAAUCGAAGUACUUAAGGACACUCUCGUUAUGAAAAAUACAUUCCAGAUCACUGGCUUCAGUGUAUCUGGGAAAGUAAGUGCCAUCUCCGGCGGCAAAGGAAUCCCAAAAGCCACAGUUAAAUUGAAUGGACAAGUUGUAGCCACAACAUCUGCCGAUGGCACCUACACUCUCGAAAACAUCAAAGCUGGAACUUUUACAAUUCAAGUUGAAGCAGAAAAUCUUCAAUUCGAUGAUAAGACUGUCAAAGUUCAACUCUCCGAACCAACUCUUCCCGAAAUCGUGGCCUCCUCAUUCAAAGUAUGUGGCCAGGUUAUAUCGAAGAAAUCUUACGUUGUUGGAAUAACCAAGCACGGCUCGACUUUCCAUACCACAGCCUCCUCGAAAGCUGAAACCGGUGAAUGGUGUACAUAUCUUCCGAGUGGAAAAUUCUCGCUUGAAGUUCUAACAACCGAUGCCGACAAAGCUGGCGGUAUUCAAUUCUUCCCAGUUAAUCAGAAUUUGGAGGUGAAUGCUUCACCAAUUUCUGGCAUAACGUUCUCCCAACUGAGAGCUACUCUUGUGGGAGAGAUUAAGUGCUUGCCUGAUGCACCCGAGUCUUGUUCUGGCGCUGAUGUAACUAUGUUGAGUUUGGAUUCAGUUGGACAACCAACAGGACAGAAACAAACCGUCAAAGCUAAAAAUGGAAAAUACUCCUUCAAAGACGUCCUUCCUGGUCCCUAUGAGUUGAACAUCCCACAGUCGAGUCUUUGCUUUGAAUCCACAAUGUCCUUCAUCAAUAUAAAUUCUGCAUCUGAAACUGCACCUCCAUUCAUUCACAAAGGCUACGAAGUCUCGAUAAUUUCAAGUCACAGAGCAAUUAUGCACUUUGGUCUGACUGCAAAGGAAGAAGCCAAGACACCUUUGAACGUCAUGAAAAUCAUGUCUGGAGUGAAUACCUUCUGUGUGCCCAAAGCUGGUGAAUACAGCAUUAAGCUGGAAAGCUGUCAUCUGUACGAAUCCACAUUACCCAAGACCUUCAAUACUUACGACAAAAAUCCAGUGAUUUUUACAGCUGUUGCUCACAAAAUUGGAGUUCGAGUUUUGUCCUCAGAGCAAAAUAUUGAUUCCCUCCAGUUGGUGGUGGAAUCGAAAUCUGGCAAGGAACAAGUCACUCUAACUUCGGAGGGUCACAAAGUCGACAACUACCACUCUUUCCGUUACGAUACAUACCUCAAGCCCGAGGAGAGCAUCACAAUCAAACCUCAAAGUAAAAUAAUGUUAUUCAAGCCCGAUGCUAAGGAACUUGUAGGAGGCAACGAUUGCAUUGAUAUUGCCUUCAACUUCAUUGCAACCAAGGGUUUGAUAAUCAAUGGAAACAUCAAACCGGCAAUUAAAGAUGCAAAGGUAACACUUACCUUCCCAAGUAAUCCAGAAUUGGAAGCACAAACGAUUCAGUCAUCUGCCAGUGGAGAAUUCAAAUUCGGGCCAAUUGACGAUAGUUUGGAUUACGAUAUAACCGCGGAGAAGGAAUCGUAUGUGUUCUCGGAAUACAACAAGGCAACGCACUCUUUCAAAGCCCAUAAGUUGUGUGAGAUUGUGGUUUCGGUUAAGGAUGAUUUGGGCAAUAAGUUGAGUGGAGUUUUGCUUUCUCUGAGUGGAGCAGAGAGUUACCGAAAGAAUUUGGUUACAGGCGAUAAUGGAGCCAUUAACUUCCAUUCGCUGUCGCCAAGUGAGUACUUCUUGAGGCCAAUGAUGAAGGAAUAUCAAUUUAAUCCCAAUUCAAAGAUGAUUGAUGUGAAGGAUGGAGAGACAAUUAAUGUUGAGUUGGUUGGAAAACGUGUGGCUUACUCUGUUUUUGGAACAAUUACCUCGUUGAAUGGAGAACCCUUCCCUCAAGUAAAUGUGGAAGCUGUCUCGGAUGACAAGUGCUUGCAUCACCAAGAAGAAGCCGCCACAGAGAACAACGGACAAUAUCGAAUUCGUGGACUGAAACCCGGUUGCAUCUACACAAUUCGCACAAAGGAGGGUGCUGGCAAUCCAAAUGUGGAACGUUCGAUCCCAGAAUCUCGUCAAGUAGAGUUGGGAUCAGCGGAUGUGCGCAACGUUAACCUCAUCGCCAUCUCUCCAAUCACCUUUGUCGAUGUCACAGCUCGUGUUAAGGCUUCCCUCAACGAACAUUACAAAUCUCUGCGAAUUCAGAUGUAUCGCAAGGGUAGUGCCGACAGUCCUAUAUACUCGCAGCGUGUCGAGAGUCCUUUGAAUGUGAAGGCACGUUUUAAUCCCGGUAUUAUGGUGUUCUUCCCUCGUAUUCCUCUCGAUGGCAAAACCUACUUUGUUGAACUGAAAACCACCAUAUCCGACAAGAUGUACUCAUUCACAUUACCCGUGGCUCAAUUUGUCGCCAAUACCAGUUCGGUGUUUGUUGAGCUUGAAUUCAAACCCGAACCGCGAGGUGUUGAAGGAGACUUAAAUCAAAACUCGAUAUCUGCUUUGGUCCUGGUUGCUCUGGUAGCAAUUGCAUUCUUCAAACAAGAUCUUGCAAUGGAUUUCUUGAACUUUGUGUGGAGCAGAUUGAAUGCAAUUGCUCAAGAUAUUGCUCAACGUCAGAAUAAUAACAAAAAGAAGGAUGUUCGACAGAAUGAACCAAUAAACUACAAAGAAAUUGAACAAAUGGCCGAACGGAUUAACGCGAUUAAAGCAAAGAAGAAGACGAAAAAAAUAUAAGGUGUAGUAGUUUCUUUUUCUUUUUUGUUUAAUUUAAUUACCUUUUUUGUUUCUAUUAAAAUCAACUGAAGUUUCUUUUUUAAAGUAAAGAAAACGUAAUAGUCAAAGCGUGUUUAUUAAAUAGUAUGGUACUGUAAGGAAUUUCCUUAUUCUUUUUUUAAAUAAACGGUAUUAUGAAGAGUCCUUUGUAAGGAUUAAA